GUGAUGCUCUAAAAUAUAUUGGAAUGUGGAUAAUAUUAGUAGCAGAGUCGGUGAUAGAAAAAAAUCUAUCAGAAAUGAAAGCAUCAAAACUUCUAAGCAAGUUACUUGUUAGAACAGCAUUGAAAAUGGGAAAAUUUGAACUAAAUAAGUUAAUAAAUGAAAGGACUCACAUAGUGACUCUAGACAAAGCUUCGAAUAUGGGAGAUGAAUUAGAAAGAGAGGUCUUAUUUUCACAUUUUGAAAUUCAACAAAAUAUUGGCCAAUUGGAAAAUCCAAACUCAUAUGAAAGCUACUUUGAUGCAUUGCCUAAAAUAAUUUGUAGUUUUUUUCAUGCAUUCAUUACAGUACUACAACAACAAAAACAAAAUGUUAUUAAUAAAAAAAGAGAGUCUUCAUUUACUGAUGAUCUUUUAAUAAUGUAUGAAAAUACAUUAAAUACAAUGUUAGAAAUUUGUGCAAAUGAAUUUGAUAUGAAAGAUGUACACUUGAAAAUUAUUGAGCAAGUACAUACAGGUU